AUGUCGGGGGCACUCCUACAGUACUCAAAAAAGGCGUUGGUCACGGCAAAAUAUUCACCUCGGGGGUCCACUCUAUCUUCUUUGUGGACUGAGAAACUGAUGAUAGAGAUGACCACGCCUCUCGAGACGACCAUCGGGGAACUCGAGAUGUAUCGACUUCGACCCAAGACCGUGUAUGACUACACUAUUUACGUCCAGGUAUUAGGUGAUGAAUACGCGACUAUGGAAUACGCCGGAGACUUUACAACCGGUGGUACUGGCUUCCCGCGUUUCGAUGAAGCACCGUAUUUGCAUCUGGGUGGCUCAAACCCCUCAUUUGAGAUGGCAACAUUUGCUGUUUCUCCUGGAAUUGUGGUGAAUGGCUCAGGUUUGGCCGGUGGGACGAUGUCGUUUGAGGGCAUUGUCGCGGUCGACGCUGAAGGUUGGGUUGUUUGGUACUAUCAUACUUGCUCUCCAGUUGCAUGGGAUUUUACACCAGGUGAAAACGUUGCAAUAAUUAAUUCGGCGGCGUCCUGUACAGAUCAAGGGCGCGAAUACUCACGGAAUGGUUCAGUUUACACGGAGAAUUCCCAAUUCCAGAUUGUAGAUGUCCACGGUCUCAUGCAAUCGCAGACCAAGAUGGCUUGCUCUGGAGCGCCAGUGAACUAUAACGCCCUCGCUGCGGAGUGCCGUGUAGACCACUCUUCGCCGCUGCAUGCGCGCGACUUGCUGACUACAACAUACGAUGUCGUCAAGAUACCCAACAUUACCGUCCUCGCCCGAUCUGCGCCAAAUGAGACGGCAAUAACGAAGCAUGACAUUUUUGCCAUGUCGAAGAUCUCCAGGUACAACUCAGAGACCAGCUCUAUAGAAGACAUUUAUGAGAUGUCGAACUUCUUGGAACCUGAAUCAUACAUGCCAGCUUCUGCCGGGUGGAAGACAAUCACAAAUGUCGCUUGCUCAGGCGGUGCCUCGGCAAAUCCGAUAGACUACCACCAGAUCUCCUCAGUAUCGCCUGGCGCCUUUAGCAAUUACAUAGUUGCCUCCAAAUCCCUGGAUGCAGUUUUCUCUCUCGCCCACGACGGUUCUGGCAAACAGUGGACCCUUUCGCCAGAUGAAACUAUCUCCGAUUUCACUUUUGUUUCAGACGCUGACAAAUUUUUUUCCCCAUUAGACGUCACUCAACUCCCGAAUGGUAACAUCCUCAUGAUCGAUGGUGGUUCCAAUCGCCCGGGUUGCACACUAUCCACUCAAAGGGGGUGUUUCUCCCGCGCCAUCAUGUAUAAGCUCGAUCCGUUGGCUUCGAUUGUUUCUGUAGCCUGGCAAUUUGAAUUUCCAUUUGGUCUUCAAAACCCAUCGUCACACCUUGAGUCCAAGGCCGAUGUGUGGAAACAUGCUAUGACGCACGAUGCAUUUUCUGUUGACGGUGGUUCUGCAAGAAAGCUUUCUAAUGGGCGCUUCCUCCUCGCCUUCCCGUCUCUAGAGAAGACCCGUGACUGGGAUCCCUCGGGUGCAGGAUAUGCGUAUGAGGUUGACAUGGAUGCCCACGAUGUGAUCGUUUCCAAACUCACCUUUCCUACUGACGAGCGGCUGUCAAUUGCUGAAGGAAAUUUCCGCCUCGUCCCCUGGGGACAAGUUCACCGCGAGUCAUCUACAUGCCCCUUCUCUGUCGAAGAAGACUCACUGCAGGGUCGACCAACAGCAGGACCAUAG